GUGUAUUUUCCAGUUUGCAAGCGACCGGCGUGUAGUGCGUAUCUCGGCUGCCCGUGUGUAUAUUUGAAAGUCAAAAUAGUGUUAUUGUUUUUUUUUGUGUUUUUUCGUGCGCAACUGUGUGCGCUAUUAGCACUCGCCUUUUCAAACAAAAAUUCUUACUCGAUUCCGCGUGUGCAGCAGCAAGUACGCUUUUCAGCAUCGUCGCCGUCUUCGUCGUAGUUGUCGUGUGCGUUUUUAUACAAAAAUUGAUAUUGCGUAUUGUUUAGCCGCCGCUAAAACACAUUUUUUUCGACGCAAUAUCUUCAGCAGUGUGUGUGAUUUUGGUAAAAAUUUUGUAGUUUCAAAGCACUUCUGUAGCUUAGCGCCACCAUAGCGCUUUCGUAUUGACACUUAAAUGGCGUUUGCAUAAAGCCGCCGGAACUGUCAAGCGUCAAAUGUCACAGCGCUCGCCGUAAAAAGCCAAAUAAAACCGUGUAGAGAGUACAAAAAGCGAGAUUUAUAUUUUGGAAAUAGAUUUUUACUAAUUUUUAACUUUCAAUUUACAGUUAAAUUGAUACAAAAACAACAAAUAAACAAGGGCGCAGCGAACGCGGUGAAUUCAGUGCAAGUGCGAACGGUCAAGUGCAAAAUAAACAAUUGACAAAGAAAAAUUUUCUAAAAAACAACAACAAAUUCUACCAAAAUUUUACAAAAACAUAAAAAAAUAUUAUAAAUUCAAAAAUUACAAAAAAAUCUAAUAUCAAUUAAAAAAUCCAAAAAUAUUUUUCAAAAAAAUUGUAAAAAUAUUUUUAAAAAAUUCUAAAAUUAUUUUCAAAAAUCAUGUAAAUUUGUGCAUAACUCAAAUAGUUUGUGGAUAAGUGCAAUUUAAGCGUAAACGCGUCGUGUAAAUAAGUGUAAAGCCAGUCUUAAAUUAACAGACGUGCAAAAAUAUACAAAUAAUUUAAAGAAAAUUUAAAUAAAGUGUGAAGAAACCUAUUUUCACCUAGUAAACCUAUUUGAAAAGUGUUCUGAAACAAUAUUAGCGGUGCUGCAAGCCGUAUUUAAGCAACAAAAAAAUAACAAAGCAGCAGCUGACAAUUAUAAAAACAAGUGGCAAGUGCAGUAGAAGUGUAAAAAAUAAAUGAAAUAAUAUUAAAAAAUAAAAAUUUUGAAAAAAAUUUAAAUAUUAAAAUAAAAAAUUGAAAAUUUCACACUAACAAAUUUGGAAGUGAUAACAAUUUCAAAUUAAAACAAAAUCAGCUGCAAGAAGCUUCAGACAGAGACUUUUGGAACACUGAUUGCUGCAAAGAGCUUGAUAUCAGCGGUUUUAAAUAGAAGAAGGCAGUAUUUACUGCUCUAAAAAAAUUAAAUUUUCAUAAGAAAAGAGGUAAACGCUGAAAAGGAAGCUGUAAAAGCUACAUCGAAAGCUUUAAAAGGUAAAGUGAAAGCUUUGAAGGCUAGUGCGGAAGCUUUAAAGCAAGAGCAAAAACAGCUUUCAGUGAAGUCAUCAGAUUUUUAGCUGAAAAGCAGGAAAAAUGAGAUUCCUAAAAUAACGGGUGUUGCGAAGACUAGUGAAGAAAGUUGAGAGAACUAAAUUUAAAGCGAUCUAAGCAAAUAAAAGUGGAAGGAACGCUAAAAAAUUGCAACAAAAAAGAAGCGAGUCGUGUUUACUGGAGUAAAGUGAAAGUAAGCGUUUGUAAAAGCGACAAAAGCUGCAGCAGAAGCACUUGUGAUACUUUAAAAAGCUCGAAAAAAGCAUAAAAGUGAAUUUUCGUGUGAUCCAGAAACAACUAAGAACUACUGCGGUCCACUAAGCUUACUACUAAGCCAGCAAAAACCAGCUACUGUCUACCGUUGUACCGCUUACUGGACAUACACACACACACUUGUAGCAUCUGGUGUGUACCGCUGGCAAAUUGCUUAGUUAGUUAGACGCGCGCUAUUUGCAUAUCCCCGCUGUUGCUGGAAAGUGUAAUGUAAUGAGAUACGACGUACAAGAGUUGCUUCAUCAGUCUGCUGAGGAUCCAUUCGCCAGAUUUGCAAAUGGGAUGGCAUAUCAUCCAUUUCUGCAACUCUCCCGACCCACUGACUUCAGCGUGUCGUCGCUGUUGACGGCGGGCACACAAGCACAGGCCAAUAACGCAGCCGCUGCUGCCGCCGCCGCAGCUGCCGCAGCCGCAACCGCAGCAGCAGCCUCCGCGGCAGCUGGUGAUUUGCAAGCAGGCGGCGGUAAUACCGUCUUGAGUGCGGCCACAUCACCCGCACAACCGCAUUCAACGCAUCAGCAUCAGCACCAGCCACCACCAACUACACCCACAAGCGCGGCAGCGCUAUUGCAACAACACCAACAGCAGCAACUGCAUUUGCAGCAACAGCAUCACCAGCAGCAGCAGCAGCAGUUGCUUUGCGGCGCCGGUCAAGCCUCACCGGUGGGUGGUCAACAGCCGCCACUCUUAUCGCCUGGCAAUAACAAUAAUAAUAAUAACACCAGCAAUAGCAUUGGCAGCAAAUCGGGCAGCAAUAAUAAUAAUAGCAACAGCAACCGCAAUACACCCACCACAACUAAUAACAACAACAACAACAACGAUCCUCAAAGUAGCAACAAUAAUUUGUCGUCGCAACAGCCACUAGCUCAUCCGGCCGCAUCGCAUUUGUCAUCACCGCAUUUGUCGCCGCAUCGUCAACCGCCACCGCCGCAUUCGCACGCACAUCCCGCACAACCGCCACCACCAGCGCCACAGCAUCCACAUCACUCACCGGUACCGGGUCAUCACGCUUUGGGUCCACACCUGCCGCAACAGGCGUACUUUCCAGCGGCCGCGUUAGCUGCGCUCGCCGGCAGUCCGGCUGGUCCACAUCCCGGCCUGUAUCCGGCUGGUUUGCGUUUCCCGCCCCAUCAUCCGCACGCCCAUCACCCACUGGGCACACCCUACACCACCGCCGAGGACGUGGUGCUCGCAUCGGCUGUGGCGCAUCAAUUGCAUCCGGCGAUGAGACCGUUGCGUGCGCUACAACCCGAGGAUGACGGCGUCGUUGACGAUCCGAAGGUGACGUUGGAGGGCAAAGACUUGUGGGAGAAGUUUCAUAAGCUCGGCACGGAGAUGGUGAUCACCAAAAGUGGACGGCAAAUGUUUCCUCAAAUGAAAUUUCGCGUUUCGGGUCUGGACGCCAAAGCGAAAUAUAUUUUGCUCUUGGACAUCGUAGCGGCGGAUGAUUAUCGUUAUAAGUUUCAUAAUAGCCGCUGGAUGAUCGCCGGCAAAGCGGAUCCGGAAAUGCCAAAACGCAUGUACAUCCACCCCGAUUCGCCGACAACCGGCGAACAGUGGAUGCAGAAGGUCGUCUCAUUUCACAAAUUAAAAUUGACCAACAAUAUUAGUGAUAAACAUGGAUUUGUAAGUACUACGAUACUCAAUUCAAUGCAUAAAUACCAGCCACGUUUCCAUUUGGUGCGAGCCAAUGAUAUACUCAAGCUGCCGUAUUCAACAUUUCGAACGUAUGUUUUCAAGGAGACGGAAUUUAUAGCCGUUACAGCAUAUCAAAAUGAGAAGAUUACUCAAUUAAAAAUCGAUAACAAUCCCUUUGCGAAGGGCUUUCGUGAUACCGGCGCUGGCAAGCGGGAAAAGAAUUGUUACAGGCAAGCCCUCAUGUCGAAUCGCGGGUCCGAUUCGGACAAACUCAAUCCGACACAUGUCAGCAGCUCACGUGCGCCACUGCAUUUGGGACACACCGGUCGGCCACCGCAUCACUUGCAUCCACAUGCGGCGUUACACGACAAUCAGGGGGACGACGAGGAUAAACUAUUGGAUGUGGUCGGACCGCCGCAGAGCCCACUAUUGCCUUUGAGUCAUUCGUUGCAACAGAUGCAUGCGCAUCAGCAAUCCGCCUGGUUCAACCAUUUGGCCGGUGCCGGCGAUCAUGCGAACGAAGAAGCUCUACGUCGUCGCCUACAAUCGGACGAUGUCGAACGUGAUGGCAGUGAUUCGAGCUGUUCGGAGAGUGUGGGUGGCAGUACGGGUGGCGCAUUCCGGCCCACCUCGUCGGGUAGUCCGAAAGAGGGCGCUGCCGGUGGUUUGAAUGCUGCUGGUGCAUAUCCUUCACCGAAUAUUUCGGUCGGUCCACCGAUACACCCGUCGCCACAUCUGUUGCCUUACCUCUAUCCACAUGGCCUCUAUCCGCCACCACAUCUGGGGCUGCUACAUAAUCCGGCAGCAGCGGCCGCCGCCAUGAAUCCGGCCAGUCUCAAUCCGGGCUUGCUGUUCAAUGCGCAAUUGGCGCUGGCCGCACAACAUCCCGCCUUAUUCGGACACUACUCAGGACAUACGCCCGUCUCACCGUUGCAGGGACUCAAGGGUCAUCGUUUCUCGCCGUACAGCUUGCCUGGCAGUUUGGGUUCUGCCUUUGAUGCUGUUACGCCUGGUUCGAAUGCGAAUCGCGGUGGCCCAGCAGGCGCUGGUGAUGCCUCUGCGCUGGGGCCCGGUAGCAGCGGACCCGGUAGCAGUAUAGAGAAUGGACCGCGCAGUUUGAGCUCCAGUCCACGUCCACGUGCCUCAUCCAACUCGCCACCUACGCGUCCUAUAUCUAUGUCGCCAACGACGCCACCAUCGCUAUUGAAGCGUCAGAAUUCACCCUCAGAGCUGAAGAGUAUCGAGAAAAUGGUCAACGGACUGGAAGUGCAACACAAUGGUAGCGGCAGCAGUGGUGUUGGUAUGGGUAUUGGUAUUGGCGCGUUGGUUAGCGGCGCUUUGGAGGAGCUGCAACGCAAGACACCAACCCAGGUGGAUCAGUGACAUUUAUUUGAUCGAGACGAUAACGACCGUUCGUCCGUUAUCGAUCUCGACGAUGUGUGACCGCAAGAGCAGGUUUUCCUGUUGCUUUAGUGGGCUUACAACCAGAGAGCUUACGCGCAUGUGUACGCGGUGGCAAUGCAGCUAACGAAAUGGCGGCAGUCAACAUAUAACACUGCGACAAAAAUAUGUCAAUUGCUUGUUAGGCUAGCAGGCUAAUGCUGGUGUGUAGUCUCAGUCUAUGCCUCUACCGCCAAUGCACAUUUACUUGUCUCGUAUGUAUAUAAUAUUAAGUACGUAUGUAUAUUUAGCAUAAGUAGUGUAACAAAUAAGCCUAAAAGCGUUUAUCUAAUUGUUUGCAACUAUGUUCCACAUAUGAUCCACACACAAAUGUUUAUUAAAAAAAGUAGUAUUUUCGUGCAAAAAUGCGUUAGUUAAAUAAAAAUAAAAUUUUAGCCUUUCAGCUUACGUUCCACAUAAAUUCCACAUAACUUCCACACAAAUUUAACGUUUUUCUUGCUGGAGUGGGUAUCAUUUGUUGUUAUGCAACAAGCGCAGUGUAAAAUAUUCAAGUUCCACAUAUGUUCCACAUAUGAUCCACUUGAGUUCCACACUUUAUUUUUGCUGCUACGCUGUUGUGAAACCUUUUCGCGUUUUUUUUAUUUAACUGACGCAUUUCUCCUAUACCCGCAACAAUACUUGCAAGUAUUCAUUCACGCAUAGUUAUUUAAAUAGUUUUAGCAUUAUAUAACUAAAAUAAUUUUGAUUUUUUGUUCACUUUUACGUUUUAAAUUUAGUUAACUUCUUAAGUUCUCAAACCAAAGAGUUACUUUCAGUGUAAAAAAAAAUAUAAUUUUUUUCUAACAAAACUUAUGCAUACUACUACUAAAAAUUAGUUUUUUUCUAAAUAAAAAUUUACGUAACAAUAAUUUGACUAAAUAUGCUUUCACUAAUAUUAUUUCCUAAUUGUUCCACACAUGCACUGUGAAAAAUAUCGUUAAAAAACCUUCUCUUUAGCCGCAAAUGUAAGUGACUUGCCCCUCAGAUAUGCCUAGUAGCUUUAGGUGAGUGCGUGGCGUACAACAUUUCACGCUCAGAGUAUUAUAAUUUAACAUAAGACAUUGUAAAAAUGUAUAAUUUUUUUCUGCAAAAUAAGAACAAAACUAAUAGGCAUAACGGCUUGUAUUAUUUAGUUUAAAAUUUUUUAAUGAUAAUAAUUUGUUUUUGUAACAGUUCAAUAUGUUCCUCACUUACAUGUAAUAAUGUUUUUAAAUGAUUUUUUUUCUAGUUAAAAAUGUUAAAUUAAGUUUAAAAAAUAUAUAAAAAAUAAACAACAACACUUUUUUAGCAGUAAAGUGCAGCAAAUUAAUACAAAAAUAAUAAAAAUAUUAAAACAAAAUGGGAAAGCAAUAUUAAUUAUAGUUAAUUAAUGCACUGAAAUAUUAAUUAAAAAUUACACAUUUGUUUAUUUUACGCUGUUAAAAAAUUUCGGUGUGCAAGAAAAAAUUGCAUAAAAAGGUAAUAAAAAACCCUAAAAAUUUUAGUGUUGACAACCGAAAAAAAUUGAAAUAAUUUAAAAUAAAAAAGUAUGAAAAUCGCUUUCUAAAAAACACACAGUAAUUUAUAAAAAAAAAAUAAUAAAAUGUAUAAGAAAUAACACAGCAAUUCAGGAAAAAUGCUGAAUGUAAAAUAAAUUAAGAAAAAUUAAAAAAAAAAAGAAAAAUAAAUGUAGUAAAAACAAUUUCUCAGCAAUAGCUUAAAUACGAGUAUGUGAAAUUAACCACCCUUUAAACUAUAGAAA